UUUACAUCACACCAGCUACAUAACAGACCACCGCUUUACACAGAUCAACACCUGAAUUAAGAGAGUAGAAUUUCCUUUUUAAAGAGAAGGAAAACUCUUGACAAAGAACUUUACUUUUCAAAUUUCCAAUCAAGACAAGAGGACACAUCAUAAGGAUGGGAUCUGCUGGGGUACAGAUUGUAUGUGUGGCCCUUGGGGUCCUGGGCCUGAUCGGGGGAAUUGUGUGCUGUGCCAUCCCAAGGUGGAAAGUGUUAUCAUUUACAGGACAGAACAUCGUAACGGCACAGGAAACUGAAGAGGGCCUGUGGAUGACCUGUGUGGUGCAGAGUACGGGCCAGCAGCAGUGUAAGAGCUAUGAGUCCCUGCUGGUCCUGCCAUCUGACCUGCAGGCGUCCCGCGCCAUGACCAUCAUCAGCUGCAUGGUCACCUCCCUGGCCAUCCUCAUCUUGUUCGCCGGCGCCGACUUCACCACCUGCGUGGAGAAUGAGGACAUCAAGCCCAAGAUCAGCCUUGUGGCCGGGAUCGCCCUGUUGGUGUCUGGCCUCCUCCUCAUCAUCCCUGUCAGCUGGUCCGCCCACAACACCAUCAGAAACUUCUACAACCCCCUUGUGGCCCAGAAGAUGGAGCUGGGAACCUGUAUCUUUAUUGGCUGGGCUGCUGGGGUGCUGCUGAUUCUGGCUGGAGGCCUGCUCAUGUGCUUCAGCAGAGCCAAAUCUGGCAGCUCGGGAGGAACCGCCAAGUACUACGGCAACAGCGCUUCAGCCCCCGCCGCCAACAAGAACUACGUCUAGUGCAUUUACUACACCUCUGUAUGUUUGUAUGUGUGUAGAGAGAUAGUUUGAUGGAAAGGAAAUGGGUCAGACAGAAUGGAAACAAGAAAGGGGAGGGGUUUAAUCUUGAGGAUAAAGAAGGGACAUUAUUAGUGGAAAUAAUGGUUGUAAAUAUUGAAUAUUUCAAAAUAGUAAAACUGGUUUAGUUGUAGUUAAUCCAAGGGUCCAAUAUGGUGGUUCAAUUUAAAAUACAAAUAUAUGUUUCUUUUUUUGGGGGGGGACUAACUCAAUAUACUAUAAUAUACUACAAAUCGAAACUGUGUAGAGAUGAUGAUGUACCUACAUCCAUACAGUUACUUAACUGUGUCCAGCUCGCUAAUAAUCACCUACAUGAAGGUUAGACAGUCAAGGAGCUGCGGAAAUUCCAAAAACGCUGGAUAGAGGAAAUUAUUUUACAAAUUGUGACAGCGAGGAAAUAUAACCAAUUUUCAGUGUGGAUCUCCGGGCCUCGUUGAAGACCAAAUGCAGCCCCCGGGGCAGAAUGAGUUUGACACCCUUGUUGUAAUGUGUUAUCUCGUUGAGUUUUUUAGUGCUGGGUGACAUGCUUCUAUAAUGCCAUGAAUGAACAACAGAGAGCAAGGUGAGGGACUCAGUGGUCAUGCAUUUCAAAAUACAGGUAUAGUCAAAUGACUGUAUAUAUCAUUUACAUCCAUGAGAUCACAACUGUUUUACUUAUGUAAAUCAGCUUGUCUUUGACUUUUGUGUAUCAAACAAUAAAUACAUGUUUAUAUUUUA